AUGAUUGCUACCAAAGGACUUCAGCUAAUGAGAAGUUUUUCAACAACUGCAGCUAGGAAUAGUCAUGGAUAUGGCGGACCAGGAAGAAAUCUUCCCUUUGAUAUAUACAGUAAAUAUAAAUUUACAGCACUACUUGCAUUAUAUUUUAGUUCCGGAUUUGGUCUUCCAUUUUUGAUGGUCAGAUAUGUUAAGCAUAGGUCAUUAUAA